AUUGAAUCAGCAAGCAGAUAGGAAACUGCUUAGGGUAGGAAAAUUGGCAAUAUAAUACUUUCCCCAAGAAGCGAAUUAUUUAGAUCCCUUCUGUUUUUAUUUUUAUUUAUUUAUUUUUUUGUAGAAUCUUGACCUUGUGCAGUUACCCUUGGUUAAACGCCUACAGUUGUGCAACCAUUGGAACGACAGUGUAGUUAGUGAUCAUAAUGUGCAUUAAACUCAGAUUAUUCAUCUUAAUCGGACGCUCAUUGAAACGAAGAACAUAGACACGUAAAGGAUGUUCAAAAACGAAUAUCAGGGUGGAGCUGUCGUUGACAUCUUUAGUGCUCAGGGAAAUGACCCAGUGGCAAACUGGAAGCUUUAUGGGAGCCAAACAGCUAUUAGUAAAGAGUUUGACAGAGAGAUGAAGGGCUUUGUAUAUAUUUUGGAAGGGAGCAGCCAGAAAAACAGGAUGCAAAUGCCAAAGGACAGCAGGAUGGCACUUGGGCUCAGCCAAAGGUUCCUGGUGCUGCAGGUGUUUGUACCCAUGGGAAAAGACUUCUCCACCGAACUGAUGGUAACAGAUUCAGGAAAUCUGAAGAAAAGACUGUAUUUAUCAACUAUUCAUAAGGAUCUAUCAGCAACCCCUUUACAUGCCAAAAUACCUCUCUCAAGUCUCAGACUUAACAUUUGGUGCAACAUGUGCGUUGACCUUGUGUCAUUCACCAGUGAAAUAUUCAAAGGAGCGCCUUUCCUGUCCUUGGAUAGAAUCACAGUCUCUGCCAGCUGCCGGCUCAGAAGAAUUUUCACUAUGAAACUCCAGCCGGCAGAUGCUCACAAUGAGAGUGAUCUUUAUAUUUGUGGCAACGGUCCCAGAGACAUCAUUCCAAAGGGCUGCCAGUUCCCCCCAGAUGUGCAGCACAUCACACAGCUGGUGAACAUGAACAAGCUGCGGCUGGCCGAGAUGAAGCUCGGAGGCUCGCUGUCCUCAGACUUGGAACAGGCAAACUCUGGCAGUUCCAUCUCUGCACGGGGGGCCAAGAACCAGGAUGUUUGCCACAUUGCUUUUGGGUCAAAAGUCCCGGGACCCCCCCCACCUACAGGAAAGAAGGCCAUUGGCUCUGGCAGCCGGGAGGUGGUUCUCAUUCCUGGUGCCAGAGCAGGCCGGAGCUGUGGCUCGGCGAAACAGAACAGCGGAGAUUGGGUGGAGAAGCAGAGCCAUCGGCGUGAGCAGGUCCCCAUUUCUGAGCACGAGUCCACGCCUCAGCACCACCAGGACAGCGGACAGGCUUUAGAGGGGCUCACAGGGAACCACUGGAGCCUGCAGCCACACCCCCCGCCAAGCAGACUAGCCAUGGAGAGGCCAGGAACGAGGAAGCUACGGGUGUACAGUGCAGAGAGAGAAAAUCCAGGCCUCACAGCAGGCUCAGCGCGGAGCAGCAGUAGAAAUGAAGCCAGCUCCAGCUCCUCUGAAACCUGCCCUCCCAGCGGCACUGCAAACACUGCCAUAGCUCGGGUCCCUGGUGCAAUGGGUGACCAGCCAGAUGCAGACAGUGGCUGCUUUGCAAGCAGUCUGAAGGAUGUAUGCUUGGAUUCUUCCAAAUGGACUCCAGAUCCACUCAACCUGCAGUUUACCCAUGAUUCAAUUGUCCAGACCGACAUUACCGCUAGACAUGAGAACAACGGCGUGGAGCCUCAGCUCAGCCUGGAUGACAUCUUUACCUUCUCUUCCCGCCCACACUCAGCAAAGCGUUGUCAAGGACACAUCAACCCCGGAGAGGGCCUUGCCCCUUCUCCUGAAAUGUGGGGUGAGGGGGGCGGGGCACACAGGGGGGCACGGCUGGAGGAUGACUUCUUUGGCAGCGAAAGUGAAGAGGAUGAAUCCUACUCAGCGACUGUCAUUCAGAGGCCUGGCAAGCGGUCCUGCCCAGGUGUCUCACCCUCACUGAGUUUAAAAUCCAGAAUCCGGACUCCUGAAGGAAAUACUCGACCCAAUCCAGAGCAUAUGUACUACAGUCAAGCCUCUGAGUCUCCUACGCAACCAUCGGAGUCGGACGCGAUGCUGAAAAUGGAUGUGUCUCUGGGCGAUUUCUCAAGCGCACGGAAGACUGAGGUUGAUCGCAGCAGCAUGGUCCCGACCCGCUGCCUCUCUCCUAACAGAACUAGGCUGGGGUAUAGCGUGGCCAGCCCCAGAAAUGUGAGGGAUUGCCAAGACACCUACUCCAGAAUCUCGCUGAGCAAGAAGUCAGUUAAAGAAAUUCCCAUAGGAGACUCCAGACUGCAUGUGGAUCACACAGCUGGCAGUAGAACAAGCCUUCGGGCAAACCGAGCGAGCGGUUCCAAGCUGUGCGUGCGGGAAAGUCUCGGCAACCAGGAAGAAGAGCUGCUCAUGCUCGCCAGUCUGCUCAGGCAGCAGGAAGCCGAGCGGGAGGAGGUGUAUGAGGAAGGUACACCUGCAGGCCUCAGCGCCUCCCAGAUACACAACUGCAACGUGAGCAUCAGCACCAGCAGCGAUGACACUUCCACCUGGACCCCCUAUGCCCCAAUGCCAGCCUAUCAGGGCCAUCAUUACCAGGAGGAGAUGUCUCCCCUCUUACAGUCCAAUCCACGUGACAGGCUGAAUGUUCUGAGCCCCCCUAUCGUCCCUCCCAGCCAGGAGGAGAGAGGCAAGGAGAUAGGCCGUCACCCAGGUAACACUCUGACAGAUGCUGAAAUAUCAACCAGUGUAGAACAUGUGGAAGAUGACUUUCUGAAUCUCCUUUAUGACCCAUGCCUCAACUGCUACUUUGAUCCCGAGUCUGGAAAAUAUUAUGAGUUGGUCUAAUUGUGAUGUGUCAGAUUAGCAACCUGAUUCAUGCUGUUUUUGUAAAUGUAAUCUAGCUACCAACAUUAUAUAUAACAUUAUAUUAUUUAUAUAUAUAUAAUUAACAUUAUAUAAUUGAAAUGUGAUAACUGUCUUAUCGACAAUGUACUGAAACGAUAGGGCUGUGCAUUAUGCAGGUCUGUGAAAAGUAGGGCAUAUUUUGAAUAACAAGUUCUAGUAUAGAUGAAAGGUGAUGUGAUAUAGCAAUUAAUUAAAUAAAAAAACGAAGUGACUCCUAGCUUCAGAAACUGGUUCGAAAAAAACAUUCUUUAACAGCGAUAACAGAAAUAACAUUUUUUUUUUUCUUUUAACUAUUCCUUAUUUGGAAAAGUAUUGAUCAGCCUCUCACAUUGCCUAGGAGGAAUUCUGAAACAGUCUUCCAUAUUUAUUCUCUAUAUUAAUAUUUCCAUAUUAACUCUGACUUUCUUGCAUACAACUUACAUUAGGCCGUUUCCACCUAUCUCAGUAGGCUUUAGCUGUUUAGCCGAUUCUGUUCCAGAAUAGUCUGGUACAGUGUAGAAUUCCUGAUGAUGUCAUUGAUUGGCUUAAUGCCAUCAAAGCAGCUGAAAGCCACCAUCAUCCAGCCACCAUGUUUCACAUUUUAAAGGGUUACUUCAGCGGUGGGGUUCAUCCAAGCUAAUUGUCCCAUCUCAAUAGGAAAAAUAGCAUGGAUGAACACCAGUGUUUAAGUACCCUUUGACAAUAUGAAACAUGGUGGCAGGAUGGCAAUGGUUUUGGGCUGUUUGUUGGUUCAGGACCAGGACAUUAAGACAAUCUAUAAGUCCACCAUGUAUUCCAUGCUGUCUGGGGCAGAAUGCAUUACACAGAUGAAUUGAGAUGCAUUGGAAAGGACCAUCCUUUCUAACAGAAUGUUUCAACUUCUGUUAAACGGAUGGUCCUCAAUCUGUCCAAGACAAUGUAAGCGACUGAUCAACGAUUACAGAAAAUGUUUAAGGAGGAUUAUCGAGUUACGUAAACUAGGGGGCCACUUGGGUUUUUCUGCAGAAAUAUUAAAAAGCAGAUUUUUUUUUAUUUUAGUGGUGUGCUGGAAAAACAAUGGAAAACUUUUUGUUAUGUGCUGGGCUCAUUACCUUUUAUCUACAUUAGGACUUAUGUGAUGAUAAAAUAUUUGAUUUAAAAUGAACAAAAACAAGAAAUAAGCAGGGAUCCCUAUGCAUUUUCAUCUAAAUGUUUCCUAUACAUAAUAGAUGUAUGCUAUCACCAGCAUUGAUGUGAUGCAUAUAUACAACUGUAAAUAAUUUGUAGAGCAAGUAGAAUGUUCCAUAAAUAUUGAGUUUUUUUACUCUGAUUUAUUCUGUAGUUGUAAUUCAAAAGAACAUAAUUCUGUAUCUUAAUGCAAUAUAUUUGUUGAGUUACAACUUGUUUUUGGAUGUAAAAUAGAAGUUUUGGACAAUGUCUGACAGAUAAAUGUGGUGUGCACCAUUUUCAUCACCAUCUGUUUUCUCUUCAUCGUUUGAAAACCUGGAGCUGUUCAGCCGUUGUGUUUUUUUGACUGCUUAAAAUAAUACAUGUUUGAAGAUCUCAACUAAAAUGUUCCAUAUAAAUAUGUUCAGUAUAUCUAUAUGUAUAUAUUUGUAUCUGUGCUAAUCUCUACACAGACAGGAGAUGGUCUUAUAUAUUUCUGAAAUUACAACUAUAAAUGCUCUUUUAUAGGAAAUUAUAUACAAUAAAAUCACCUCUGUCUCCUAAAA